GCUGCCAUGGCGUUUCGUCCGAACAGGGAUUUGCUGGAGCCAAAUUUCGAGGGUUACAAACUUGCCAAAGACAGAAAAUUUGAUCUACACGAACUGAAGCUGGAUAGAAAUGUUGACGUCGUUCGUUUGAGUGAAAAUCAAUUUUCUUUCUUGCACGUGCGAGCCUUUGGUCUUCACAACCAUUUGUUUGCUGAUCCAUGGAAUCCAGGAACGGCAUACUUCGUUGAUAACUCGCAUAGAAUUCUUUGCUGCGAACACAAAGAUUCACAGAUUCCGUUUGCUGUAAAAGUGGUUGGCCAAGUUUCCGAACUCAACUGCAGUGAGAGUCAAUUCAAUGUGUCAGUGUCAUUUCCAUCAAAAGAGUUGGCAGUAGUGUCUGAUGGCUGUGGAGGAUUGUGCCUCUUUUCACGGGAAGCUGCUUAUUGGUGUGUCUUGUGGACACAACAAGUUGCAGACGUUCCGUUCUUAGUAGGAGCAUCUGGUGCGCAUGCUGAUGGAAGGACUGUGGAUUGUUUGUUGAUGAGUUUGGUCGAAGGAGAGAGUGGAGAAACACGAAGUAUUACUCAAAGUCAAAUUAGUUGGAUUGGUAUUGAGAUGUUAGAUGAUAGUAGAUGUGACUUCAUCAGACGAUGCAGCUUCAGCACUACAAGCUGGCCUGAAAUGUUGACAUUUGAUUGCGACUGUUCUGCUGUCUUUAUUCUCUGCAAUAGCUCAGUAACUGUUUUGCAAUCAAAGCAUAAAACCAUUGAAUGCCAACAUGAAUCAAAAUCAUUGUCUCAAGAGGAUGACAUGUCAGUGUUGUUUGAGAGAGUGCAGUUCGUUCACAGUGCUGAAGAUAGUUUAAGUACUGAGAAAUUGAGGUCUGAGUCCAAAGCAACCAAAGAACGAGAAAUUGGUGAUGAAAAGUCAGAUGAGAAGCAAUGCUGGUGGUCUCAGACUGAUGAAGAUGUGAUUGUAUCAUUCAGCCUUCCUUCAGAUGCUACAAAGAAGGACAUUGUCUGCCACAUUAACAUUAAUUGUUUAGAGUUCAGUUUAUCUAAUGGAGAAUGUCUUAUAAAUGGUCAACUGUUUGGUGACGUAUAUCCAGAUGGCAGUUGUUGGACAAUGCAACAGAGUCGAGCAGAAGUGAGUUUAGAGAAAAAGGAAAGAGGUCGAUUUUGGCCAUCUUUAUUAGCAUACAAGGGAGUACGUCAAGCAAAGGAAGACACAAUGACUGAAGGUGAUAGCCAGGAGUGGCCAGUCAGUAGUGGUGCUGUUGGAAACAAAGAGUUCACUGAUGAAGAAAUUCAAGCAAUACAUAAAAGAUUAGAAAAAUAUACGUCUGAUAAACUAGAUGAUCCUGGCAAUGACAUCAAUGUGGGCCAAAGACUUAAUGAAAUGAUGGAGGAAUGUGACAUUCCUCUAGAUGACACUGCUGCUAUCUACAGAUUCAACAGUAAAGGUGUGUUUACUCACAGAUCCAGUUUGGGUGGGCAUCAAUGGUUGUUCAAUGUUCACAUCAAACACGAUCAUCCUCAAGCAGUGUGUCUUCGACACGAUGUGGAUGGCCUUUUAUGGCAACUUGGAGGGAAUAAUACUUCUACUUCUAAAGACAAAUGUACUGUCAACCAUGUUGCUACUUUUCAUGCUCUCGGUUAUGUGCAGGCAUCCAAACAGCAGAAGAAAUUCACCAGUUGUUCAAAUGACUUGAGUUUUGCUGUUAUCUGUGAUUGUAUGCGCUAUGUUUACAUUUACCUCCAACCGGAUGCUGUGGCAUCAAGUAGAAAUAGUGGGAAAUCUGCUAAUCAGUUAGUUGUCACAUUACCUCAUGGUGACAUUCUAGGUAUGGCUGCAUUUCCAGGAUUAGUUUAUGUUUUGACUAGUGAUGCAAUGUUUAGUGUGAAGAUUUAGGGACAGUUAGCAACAACACAAUUUGAAUGUUAGCUAGCUAAUUAGUGUGGUAAGGAUGGAAUUGCACUUCCUAGUUGUCUAGUCACCUUAUUGAUGAGGCUUAGGAAGUUUGGAGCCAGGAUUACAGUGUUUGGCUAAUUGUGUGUAGUGUUUGUUGUAGGGUUUAUUGUGAGUACAUAGAAAUUUGGCGCCUUGUAAGCGUUGUGAUUAA